CACUUAAGAAAAGAUUGAACCUCAAAAACUAUGGUAAACUCUCUAAAUUAUUGGGGGAAGACAAAAGCAUUGGAAAGCUACCCUUCCUCUCUCCCCAUGUACUACCCAGCAAAAACUGUCCCUUUGCACAAACUUAGAGAAUGAAGGUGGGGAAAUAGUGACGGGAGCCCAUCACUUGUAAUUUCUAAAGCUCCAUGAGACUCUAGCAAACCCCAGAGACUCAAUUUUUUCCUUGGCCAGCUUCUUUCUUUUGCCUUUGAGGGCGUUUGCUAUUCUCUGCUUGUGUGUUUUUUUAAGAUGCCAAGGCCGGGUCCGAGGCCGUAUGAGUGCGUCAGGCGGGCUUGGCAUAGCGAUAGGCACCAACCCAUGAGAGGCUCCAUCAUUCAGCAGAUGUUCAGGGUCGUCAGUGAAGUUCAUAGCUCCAAAACGAAGAACAACAAGGAGUGGCAGGAAAAGCUGCCCAUGGUGGUUUUGAGAGCAGAGGAAAUCAUGUAUUCCAAAGCCAAUUCAGAGGCUGAGUACAUGAAUUCUGAUACGCUAUGGGAUAGAGCAAAUGACGCCAUUAACACAAUUAUUCGAAGAGAUGAGGGCACUGAAACCGGGGACCUUUUGCCGCCGUGUGUUGAAGCUGCGCUUAAUCUGGGUUGUGUUGCGGUAAGAGCUUCAAGAAGCCAACGCCACAGUAAUCCAAGGAGUUACCUCAUUCCGAGACCACAAGAACCCCCUUCUCCUUCUCCACCCUCUAGGAUUUUGGAUAGACCAUCUGAUGAACGACGCCCUCCGUUUUCUCCUCCACAUCACCCGGGAAAUCAAUCAAACUUUGCAAGACCCUCAGCUGUGAGUUCUGCACAUUUGGUCCCAGAAGCUCACAGUCAUGCCAACCAAAGUAGUAACCUGACUAACCCUCGGCAUUACCCAUUUUCCCUUGAGAAUCUUCCUGGUGGCCAUAACCAGGUAACAACAAUGUCAACCAACAACCAAUUGAACUUAGGUUCAGUAUAUCCAUUGUAUUAUGGAUCUCACUAUCAAACUGAAGCAUCCCAGUUAGGUCCUCAGGUCCCAGAAAAUGCACAUUCUAGGACUAUAUAUGUUGGUACACCAGUUACAUCAAUUCAGGAGCCUACCAAGCAGAACAUUUUCACCUGUCAAAGGGCUGAAAAUGUGUCACACAGAAUUCCCCAAGUAGAUGUCAUGGACAUCCAGGAGAAGCCACGAGAAGCAGAAUAUGAUUUAUCUUUGAGGUUGGGUCCUGUCUCACAUUUAUGUACUGAUAGAAGCUUCGCCAGUGAAACGGAAGAUAUUGGUUCGAGUAAUUCUCAAGAGGGUGGAAAGUUCAACGAUUAUUCACCAUCUAUAAGUAAGGAGUUCUGUUUCUUUCCUACUAAGACUGCUUAUGAUCCCUCUGAGUCCACUUCAAGCAUGUGGAAUUCAGAGGGUGAAGAUCGGAGUUUGGAGCCAACUUUAAAGAAGCGCAAAGCAACUUUUAGAAACAAUGAAGAGGAUGGGCAAUUUUUCUGCCAGCCACCUGGCCAGCCCAACAAGUUUCCUGGUCGAUUUACAGGGCCAGAAUGGUUUAGGGUUUAUAGUGUGUGUACACUGCACACAAUGGUUGUGGGGAAGACAGGCUGAGUUGGAUCUGGGAUGUAUAUUAUCUCGUUGUGGUGUUUGGUGUAAGUGGAAUGACUAGUCCAUAGGAGAAAGUACCUGAAGUUUGCAUUUUCUGUUUGUUGAUUUCACAUGUGGGACUGUUGAAAAACAUACCGAGUGACCAAGAAAAGAUACUGAGUGGGGCAUUGUUGUGACCUGUUCAAAAAAAUUAGUACACUUUGAUGUAUAUGAUCAUUUAUUGUUGCAUAUGACAAGAAAGACCAAGACUUGACAUGUAAGAGAAGAAAGAAAGAAAAUACUAGUCUGCAGUGACCCCAAAUAAAGAGACAACAGUGCUGGGUGAGAGAUGCAGAAGCAUUGAACCUUGUGGUGUUGUGGUGGUGAUGGCGGAGCAGCAAUAGGAGUAGAGGCAUUGGGGGAUCGGAUGGUAAUUGCGACCUUCUGGCCUUGCUCGCAGUUGCCACCGACAGUGGAGAUGGAGUAGUGAGAACCAGUAGAAAUAAGAGCAGAAGUGUGUUCUACUGUUCUUCCCUCAGUCCCUCUAAAGAACAGAAGUGUUUACUGUGUCUUGGCCUUGCAAAUGAAGGUUAUUUAUAGGAGAGACUCAAAGUGGAGAAUUUAGAAUUAUGUGCUAACAACACUUUGAUGGCAUCAUACCAUUUUUAGUAAAUCUUCAAAAAUGAAAUGAAAAGAAAAACCCAUGUUUAUUUUAGCUUUUGAUUAUGGACAAGUGUGUUCUUCAGUUGGGUAUACAUUGCAGAUUUACAGCAAUAGAGAACAUACUGUGCCAAGUGCCAACAACACUUUGAUAGAAUCAUACCAUUUAUAUUCAAAAGAAUUGUAAUAUAUUAUAACUGAUGU